AUGCUGGAGGAAGAAUAUCAAAUGUAAGAUUCAAGGUGUAGAAAAACAAGGUGAAGUAUACAAGCAAAUCAGAACUUUGAUGCAUGAGCAGGAUGUAGAUUCAUUUGAUGAGAUGUUAAAUAUUGUGCUAGAGAGAUUGGAAUGUGAUCCUGAUACAGUUCAAUUUGCCACAUACUUCAGAGACAACUAUGUUGGGAAUGCAAAUUGUUGGGCAUAUUGCCAUAGAUUGAAUGCUGGAAUCAAUACCAACAUGCAUAUAGAAAGAAUGCAUCGCACUAUUAAAUAUAUAUAUCUAGGUAGUAAAUGUGUCAAGCGUUUAGACAAAGCUAUUUUUGCAUUGAUGUCAUUUGUGAAGCACAAGCUGUUUGACAGGCUUAUUGUGCUAAAUAAAGGUAAACUGACGAGUAAACUUAAGGACAUUCGCCUUCGGCAUAAAUCAGGGAAUAAUAUUAAGGAGGACUUCAUUACUAUGGAGUUUUCUGGUUGGAAAGUGCAUUCUUCUUCAAGAAGGUCAACAGAUUAUUUUGUAUAUGAUAAUGACUUUCAGUGCAACUGCAGAUUGAUGUGCAUUAAAUGUAGGGCUUGCAUUCAUAGGUAUUCUUGUACAUGUAUUGACUAUACCAUCAAAUGGAAUAUGUGCAAGCACAUACAUACUGUUUGCCAGAUUCAGUUAAAGCAGCAACCUUCUGAACACCUAGGAAAUAGUGAAGUUACACUUAUUGAGAGUGAAGACAUUUCUGUUGUAGACGAGAAAACAGAAAUACUAGCGGAGGUAACGAAAAAAAGUGUUAAUGAUUCUGUACCUUUGUCAGUCCAAAGAAGGGAACUUAUCGCAGAGUUUUCUGAUAUUGUAUCUGAACUGACCUCAAAUGACUUGGAAACUGCUAAAAAAAUGUUAUCAUCACUAAAGGCAACUGUAGCUGUCGGAAUGUUGCAGCAAAAACAGGCACCGCUGCAAAUAGAAAGGAAACAAGCACAAAAGAUUUUACCUCAACGUAGACUGUACUCUACAAAGAAAAACAAAAGAAGUAAUAAUGCAUCCCUGGUGCUACCAAAUUCAGAAGAAUCCAGUUUGAUCAAAUUAUCUCUACUGGCAGACAAAGAAGAUGCACUUGUGGGAAAAGGUUCAGCUGUUCAAAAGCAACCAACAAUAAAAAAUACAGAGGUUGUAGCAGGUCCAUUCCCCAUUACAGCAUGUGCCGUACAGCACAGCCCGACGAAUCGCUCAACUCCCAUGAUUCAGCCAAUAGCAAAACAGGCUGAGGUGGUAUCUGGUCCGUCUCUCGCUACAUCGUAUGUGCUGAAACACAGCCCGAGGAAUAGCUCAACUUCCGCAAUUCAACCAAUACCAAAACAGGCUGUGGUGGUACCACAUCCAUCCAUCCAUCGGUACAGUGCGUGUGUUGCUACACAGCUCAGCAAAUGGUGCUGUUCUCUCAAAUUUAAACCAGUGACAGGGCAGGAUAAGAUGGUAUCAGUGCCUUCCCUUAUUACAGUGCAUGUGCUGCAACACGGCUAUGGAAUGGUUGGUUGUGAGACAGCAUGGAUGUGAUAGAUGGAACUACACCAUCGACUAUGCCUCUGAGAAGCACAAGCAGAAUAUGGAGAUGGUACAGGAUGAAGCAUGUAUCAUUGACCAUGACACCUAGCCAAACUGCUAGGUACAGAGUUCAGCUGUGUGGAGAUGUACUUCAUAGUGUUUACAAUCCCAACAUCAAGGGCACCUGCAGCUGCAGGGAAAGAUUCUCAGAGUGAAGGUCGAAGGUGCUGCACGUCAUAUUGGACAGAUCGUGCUUCAGUAGUGUGGUAAUUUGCUGUCAGUCAGUGUGACUGCACUAGACAUGUUGGUCAACUCUGGUCAAGUGCAGACUAACUUUUUUUUAGUUAGGCUAUGUGCUAGGAUCUUUGAAUUAUUUUCAACUUAGAGCAACAUUGUUCCUUUUAUUUGAUUAUUUUCUCAGAAUGUGCCAUACGGUAUAUAGGCAAGAUUGUGAACUCACUUUGUAUGAGUGUUUUUCUCCAUAAUUCUCUCCCAUGCCGCUCAGAUGUCUAAAAAUGUGUUCUUUGUGAAGACUGUCUCUGUAAGUUGAAGCAGUGACCAGCAACACAAUAUUCUGUUUACUCUUGAUUCAAUGCUUAACAUAUUCUGCAAUUGGCACUUAUUACAAGUUAAUAGCACAUGCAUAAGCCAACAGCGAGUGUGUUAAGUGCUAAUAUUUGAAACUUGUGAGUAGCUAAAUGACAUAAUGCUAGUUUAAUGGCUUCCUACUGCCCUCACAAAUUAUAAACAUUAGUUUUUGAAAUUUUUUUCCCCUUCACACCACUUUUCAGCACCUGAUAUGUGCUUGCAACAUUUUUGCUGUUUGGAAAGGUUUUAAAAUUUUUUAUUUAAACACAGUUAGCCAAGAUAUUUUUAGCCAAAGUAAUCAAAGUUUAAUUCUGCUAGCUGCAAUGGUAUGCAGUGAACUCUUUAAAUGCUGCUAGUAGACCUUACAUGAGGAUUGAUUGUUGGGGGAUAUGAUAGUUACUUUAUGCAUUGAUUAUCUCUUUGUUCUGUGUUCAGGAGUGUAACAGGCUCGUACUGUAUGUGAUGAGACUAAAAGUUUUCCAAUGAGAGUGUGGAUGUGCAGUUCUUAACAUACUAGACUUCCAUUUGUUGGUGUGACAGUCAAUUCCUAAUCUAACAACACAGGUUUGUUUUCUCACUAUUUUUGAAACUCCCUCCAGACUAAUAGCCAGAAUGCUUCUUUUGAGAAUUUAGGGAUUUUUCCUCCUAACUUUGGAUGCCUGUUUCAUUGUUAGCUGUUUCACCCUGACAGUUACAUAUAAUGGUAAAAUUUUACUUGCGGUUCAGGUGGCGUGCUGUGCUGAUGUCAACAGCAUGAAAUAAAUAAUUAAUCCUGUUCCUACUCUAUGGUUGACGUGUUCUUGCAUGUACCCGCAUCUGCUCAGUAAAUUAAUUAUCCUAGUAAAGCGAACAUUUAGAAAAAGUGCUUACAAGAAAUGAAAUAUUAGAGAAUAAUUUCCAGCACUGCGCGGUCGUUGCCAACAUCACCGCACGAGGGCGCUUAAGCCGUAAGUAAAGUUUAACCCAUAUAAAUGUGAUAUCUUCUUGUUUCCUCAUUGUCAUGCCACAAGUAGCAUGAGUGCACCAGCUAAUGUGCAGCAAUAAGUUAAUAAGUUACUUGUCCUGUGAUGAGUCGGAGAAUUAAAGUGCCAUAAGAUUACACCAAGCUUCCUGGUACGACAGUGGCCACCAAUAGACACUGUAGUAUUCGUGAGGAUGAAUGUGUCAAGUUGACAGAUUCUCAGUAUGUCCUACAAAUAAUUAUUUGAUAGUGUGCACACUUGAUCGUAUUUGGGCCUAACUUUUUGUUCUUAGUAUUGGUUACAUUGAGGCUGCUGUGCAUCUCAUCUCUACUGUGAUUUUCAGAGCAACUGUAUUACCUAAAUUUCUAAUCCAAAGUUCCAUUAAUGUGGUUGUUCUUGAAUCCUGUAGUCUAGGAUUAUCUUUUCACACAAUUUCUUAUGGUAUUUCCAGUACUUGAGAAGGAACUCACAAAUUGUUCAUUGUUUUGAACACACAUUAUCCACUGCCCACUUACUGUUCCAUAUUGAAGCACAACUACUGUUUUGUAAUAGGAUUAGUUACAUUUGGCUUGUAAAUGUCAUGUGACGUUACACAUUGUGCCACAAUAAUCUUUACUAAUUGUUGAUUGUGUCUAAAAUUAAUAGUCUUAGGCCAACAUUCCUUACUAGUUCCAAACUGUUUGCAGUUUUCACCACUGGCUUGUGAAAUAUACUUGAUUACACUUUCGAUACACAUAAUGUACUAGUGCUACCAUUGUAUGUCUGUGCCCAGUGCAUGUCAGGAGAGCACCAAACUGGGCAGUGACUUUUAAGUAUUUUAUUUACUACCAAAAAUAUGUCAAUAAAUGUGAUCUUUAAAAACAAGUCACCAAAGUAAAAACUGAGAUUAACCCAUCUGGAACUGACAAACUUCCAUUGCUUGACUGAUUGCUGUGGGAUGUUGACAGUUGGAUAAAAUGAUGUCUUUUUUCCUUCGCAACAUAUAGUGUAAAACAUCAUCCCAUCCCCUGUGUUAGUCUCACCUGCAAAGUUAACAAACAUCCAAAGGUUAUACUUGACAGUAUUACAUUUCCAGAUCAGGAUGAUCAGUAUUUAAAUUCUGGUUUUCUGUACAUUUGAGGUGCAAUGAGUCUCAUUUGCCAUGCCUUGUUGAUGUCUUAUGCUGAUUUCUCUUAUACAGGUAACUUUUUGAAACUGAAUAAGCUCACUGCACUGUUCAUGGUAACAUAACUUAUUUAUAGUUUCCAUCAGAUAAUACUAACCUUACAAGAAUUCUUGAGCUAUAAUUUAUGGGUUGAAAGGCUGUGGUCAGUGUAUAAAACUACUACUCCAAGUGCGGGAGACAUCUUCAGAGGUACAAUGGUAACUUCCAUUCUACCUCGGAAGAUGUCUCCCGCAGUUAGAGAUGAAAUGUCAGGAAGAAGUAAUUUUAUACAUCAACCAUGGCCUUUUAACCUGGAAAUUUUGACUCAAGAAAAUGCUGGCCAUGAAAGUCUACAUUGUAUGACUUUACAAAAAUUGUCACCUGCUGUGUCCCAUAGAAGUAAAUAGUUAAUAGUAGUAAUGUUUAAGCACAUACUAAAUAAAACAAUCAUAUUCAGCAACAUGUUCAAGCAUAUUAUUUAAGGAUGUAUCAUUCAAAAUUAAGCACAAUUUGUUUGUUUUCACUGAGAAAGAAAUAGAACUACACAAACAAUGUAUUCUACACUAUGCUAAUCUUUAUUUUACCUCUUUGUGCUGCUGUGGAUUGGAAAUAAUACCUGGCAGAAGAGAUAUGGUGUGAUUUGGGUCCAUUGUCUGAAUGGAAAUGUUGGUAUACUUAAAAGCUGUAUAGAAGAGGUCAGGACAUGUCAAAUUAGCAACAGAUAAAAUAUUUGCACACCAUUAUUUCUAGAUACUAUUUUUGUACUACAAUAUACUAAGAGGGCAGAUUCUCUAUAUUGAUCUGUUUCACCUUGUUAAAGUACUUAACACUAUGUUGCCUACUAUGUAGCCUUUUGACAUUGCAUACAGCUAAACAAAAGGACGCUUUCAUUUUGGGAACUGCUUUUCAACAAUGAAAUUAUUUCAGAGAUAGUACUCAGAACCAUUGAAAAAGACUACAUCAUUGCCAGAUAAGUAAAGCAAAAUUCUGUCUCAAAAGUAAAUCAAGUUAAUUGUUGGUUUUUGUUAUUUUUGGUGUAUGAAGAACUGGAUUGGUUGUAUGCUAUAAACGGCACUGGUAGACUGAAUUUUGGAGCUACUAUACCCUUGAAAUGUCUAUUAUUUUGCCUUCGAUUUGAUGUUUCUGCAACCUGUGAUGCCAGGAAACUCACAGAUAAACUAAAUCAUGUGCCAGAUGUCGAGCACCAUUGUGUUUGGAAGUUCCAUUGUUCUGUGUGCAAACAGUUUUGGAAGUUUGGAUGAAUCAAGUUUCUGAAACUGACUGGAAAGAAACUUAAUUAUCAAAAACUAAGAUUUUAUUGCAAUUCAUGAUACUGUGAAAUAUUUUUAUAAUUGCUGUACAUUCAGCUAAAAGUUACAGUAAAAUUUUCUUGUAAGUUAUGCCUGCAGAAACUUUUGUACUGAAUUUAAUUUUUUCUUUUGGUUUAUAAUUUUGAUGUAAAAUCUAUUUUCUGUUUAAAUAUGAAGUUUCAAUUGUGUAUCUUAAUAUUUGUAGCUGAUGUGCAGAAUAUUUGAAAACUGUUUUUU